CACAUUAACUGUAGAAUUAAGCACGUGCAGUAGGCAUUUCAAGAAGCUUGCAAUUUUACGCCAGAAUACAGCGCUAUAUCCCAGUAAUUGAUAUCUACAUCUAAAAAUGUCAAAAGAGCGCCACUUUGCUUCGGGCUCAGAAGCACCGGGACAGCGAAAGAAGUCAAAAAACCCAACUAACGGUACAGCUAAAGCCAAGAAAACGGUUAAUUCUGAAAUCGAUGGAGAUAAUUUCAAUGACCUUGACAGCCAGAUAUUUGAUUCGAAGAAAAAAAAUGAGGAGAAGAAAAUUUUGGAGGAACUGGAGUACUAUUUCAACAUGGAUGGCGAUGGACCAGCCUCGCCAGAACCCCCUCGCAUGCAGGGCAAAUUUAAACCAUCCAGGCCCAUUGAUCGCAAAAGACAUCAGCAGACAAACGAUUCCCCACCAGAGGAUGCCAAUAAUAAUAAAAAGCAGAAAAAGGUGGCCAAGGAAUCUGCCGCAUCCAUUCGCAAAAACCGCCGCAGUGUGGGAUUGAAAAAAACCGAGCCAAUUGUGGUAAAUGGAGAGGCUCGAGCCUGUCCUUUGGUGCGUAAGUCCCUGCCAGCAGCGAUCUCUGGAUCCACACUCAAAUCCCCUGCUAAAUCCUGCCCGCUGCCGGAAAAACCCAAAUCCCUGCCACCUGGAGUGGCCAAGUCCUGUCCUCUGCCCAAAAAGGACAAAGCUAAGAGCCCUGUGAUUAAACAGGAGAGACCAGAGGACUCCGAUGACUCCUCCGAAGAAGACGAUACAAGUUUUGAGCUGAAAUGGGGCACCAGUUGCAGUAUCAAACGCAAAGAAGAAGCCCCAGCUUUGCCAAAAGAAGUCCACAAAUCCAACAGCAUCGAAGCUGGAACUCGCAUCUUUCAGUGGAUCAUCAAUCCCGUCAAGCCGGAUAACUUUUUCUCGGACUUCUGGGAGAAGAACGCCUGCCUGGUGCAGCGCAAGAAUCCCAAGUACUUCAGCGAGCUAAUAUCCUUUCAGAUGAUCGAUGAAAUGCUGAUACGUAACCAUCUGGACUUCACCAUUAAUUUGGACAUAACCAGCUAUAAGAAUGGCAAGCGCGAGACCCUGAAUCCCGAGGGCAGGGCUCUGCCGCCAACUGUUUGGGGCUUCUAUUCGGAUGGCUGUAGCAUUCGUUUGCUAAAUCCCUCUACCUUUUUGCCAGGACUGCGCCAGGUGUGCACCGCAUUGCAGGACCUUUUCCAUUGCCUAGUUGGGGCAAAUGUCUACUUGACCCCACCGAAUAGUCAGGGAUUUGCUCCCCAUUACGAUGACAUAGAGGCGUUUGUCAUCCAAGUGGAGGGACGCAAGCGUUGGCGUUUGUACGAUCCGCCCAAGAAGUCGGAUCAACUGGCCCGUAUCUCCUCGGGCAACUAUGAGCAAGAGCAGUUGGGCGAGCCAGUACUCGAUGAGGUGCUGGAAGCCGGCGACCUUCUGUAUUUUUCAAGAGGCACAGUUCAUCAGGCGAUCACCGAAGAAGACCAGCACUCCCUGCACAUUACUUUGAGUGUGUACCAGCAGCAGGCUUAUGCCAAUCUCGUCGAGAAACUAAUGCCCAUCGUGCUCAAAAGGGCGGUGAAACAGAGUGUGGCCUUGCGUCGGGGACUGCCGCUGCACACCUGGGAAGUUUUGGGUAAAGCCCAAAGCUCCACCAAGAGUCAGUCGCGCACUCAACUGGUUGAGGAUGUCCAGAAGUUGGUUAGCAAACAUUUGAUGCCCACCGCCCAGGAUAUCGAUGAAGCGGUGGAUCAGCUGGCCAAGAAGUUCCAGCAUGAGGCACUGCCACCAACCAUCUUGCCCGAGGAGAAGGUGCGCACCGUUUUCGGCUCCCGCAAUGUGGUAGAUGCGAAGGGAUACUGUAGCUGCGAUUACAAAUUCACUGAGGAGACCGCUGUGCGUUUGCUGCGUGCCAAUAUACUGCGUCUUGUUAAAGAAGACGAUGACUCCCUGCGCAUCUAUCAUCAUGUGGACAAUGCCUUGGAGUACUGCAAAUAUGAGCCCACCUUCAUGGAGAUUCUGCCAGCGGAAUGGGCUGCCGUUGAAGUUUUGAUAGCUGCCUAUCCAUCGUACGUUAAGGUGGGCCAGUUGCCCAUGAAGAAUGCGGAUCGCAAAGUGGAGGUAGCCUUAGCUCUGUGGGAACGUGGUCUCCUGAUGACUGAGAAGCCAUUUAAAGAAUGAGGAACAUUACGAACUAAGAGUAUUACAAAACAUAAGGCAUCCUAUAAAAUAAUACCGGAAAAACUAGAUAAAAUGUAUACAAUAAGGCAGAAACAAGGAAACCAAAGGAAAAGCAGGAAAAGCAAAGAGCAUAAAAUGUUUAAGAUGUCAUAAAACCAAUACAAGAUCGAGGACCUGCUUUUGAUAUCCUUAGGAGAUCCAAAAAAUCUUAGAAUUAAUGUCCAAACUAAUGUCACCUAUAAGGCCUGCACGUCCGAAGGAUUGUUUUAUGUAAAAAUGUUCUUAUAACACCAUUAUUUCUAAUGUGUAAUUCUCAAGUUCUGCGGGAAAAUCAAUCACAUAUAAUAUAUAAAAUAGAAUAUACUGUUUCAUAUAAA